GAGGAGCGCCUCGUGCGGCUCGUGCCUCGUGUGAGUCGUGUGCUCGCGCUCUCGGGAGAACACUCUGCUGAACAGUCUGAACGUGGCGAGUCUCUCUCUCUCUCUCUCUCUCUCUCUCACGCGCGCGCGUUUCGCAUCUACCUUCAGUUUGACUUCCGUUUGCCGUUCGCGCGCGGCAAUAGAAAGACACGCAACUGGCAGCGUGCGCGCGUAGGGUAGCGUCGCGUCGCGUCGCAUGUCGACAUUGUCGACGUGUCGUAUAUAAGCAAGUGCGUGUGAGUGCGUACGGUGCACGCGAGCGCACGCGAGCGGGCGCGUUUGGCCGUUUGCCCGUGAGAAAGAGAAAGAGAAAGCCGGAGGCCGAGGAAAUCAAGGUCCGCACACAAGCACGUAAGCACAUAAGCACAUUGCCGUCGCCGUCGCCGGGAUCAUGGACGAGGAGGAGAUCGACGGCGUCAAGUCACCCAUCAAGCGGCUUGGUUCCACGCGGAAGCUACUCGUCUUCAACAAUAUACGGUUACAGCUGAACGAGCAAUUGAGAUGUCUCGACGUAAGAAUGGAGGCACAAGUCGCCCUUGUGGUCGAGCUCCAGGAUUUCUUUCGCAAAAGGGCGGAACUGGAACUAGACUACAGCAAGUCUCUCGACAAGAUGGCUAGGAGCAUACAGUUGAGGCAUAAGGAGCAGAAACAAAAGCGGGAACAAUGGCCCCUAUUCUCCAGCUACGCCUGCUGGCAGCAGCUCGUAAACGAGACCAAGUCCCUCAGCAGGGACCAUGCCGCCCUGUCUGAGGUCUACAGCACCCACCUCGUGGGCCGUCUCAAUCAGGUGAUGGAGGACGUGCAGCGAAUUUACAAGCGUUGUCGCGAGAUCGGCUAUGAGACGCACGAGGAGAUACUUCGAGUAUUGCACGAGCUACACACGACAAUGAAGACUUACCAAGCCUAUCAGGCUGAGUCCAGACAGGCGGAGACGAAGCUCCGCGUCGCUGAGCAACAACGCAACAAACUCGAGGUGGCGAACGCGGACAGUCGUGAGAAACUUGCACGCAGCAAGAAAUACAAGCUCAUCGAGAAGGAAGUUAACAAGAGGAAGAGCAAGUAUCAGGAGGCGAAACUAAAGGCGCUCAAAGCGAGAAACGAGUACAUCCUAUGCCUGGAGGCUUCAAACACGACGAUACACAAGUAUUUCGUCGAUGACUUGUCCGAUCUCAUUGACUGCAUGGAUUUUGGAUUCCACAAUUGCAUAGCAAGGGCACUGUUGAUGCACUGUAGCGCGGAAGAGGGUAGGCAGCGUUCCCUGCAAUCUGGCGCCGAACAAUUAGCUGCGUUUGUCGGCGCACUCGACUCUCGAGCGGAUAAGCAGAGAUUUAUGGAAUCUCAUCACGCGGCCUUCAUGAUUCCCAAAAAGUUUGAAUUCCAAGGACAGCGUGGAGAUGAGACGCCCGAACCCGAAUUACAAAAGAUGCUGCACUCUGAAAUGGAGCAACGACUGCAGCAACUACAACAGAGGGUGACGUCGUUGCGAACUGAGUCAGAGGAAGUGUGGAAGACUUUGGAGACGGCGGAAGCGAGCCUGCUUGAAAUGUUGACCGCUAAAGAUUAUGAUUGCUCGAGAUAUUUCGGCGAGAACGCCGUAUCUACGUCCAGGCCGCCGGAGACGCUGCAAAUCAAGUUACGAGCUGACAGACAAGAGACUGAAGAAUUCUACCUCACGAAAUUUAGGGAGUAUCUUCUUGGGACAUCGAGAAUAGCCAGGUUAGACGCGAAACAGGAAUAUAUUCGACAGAGCCUGCUGGAUGGCUCAAAUGCUAGCCCGAACCCGUCGAUUUCCACGACAAAGCAGAAGCAAGCACGCCGCAAACGAAUCGGUCGUCUGCAGAUGAACGGUCAACCGAAGCUGUUUGGCGGUUCGCUCGAGGAGUAUCUGGAGAGCACGAAUCAGGAGAUACCGCUGAUCAUGAAGAGUUGCAUCCGCGUGAUUAAUCUAUAUGGCUUGCACCAUCAGGGUAUCUUCCGUGUGUCGGGCUCGCAGGUAGAGAUCAACAAUUUCCGCGAAUGGUUCGAGCGUGGCGAGGAUCCACUUGCGGAUGUUACUGAUGCUUCGGACAUCAAUAGUGUCGCCGGGGUGUUAAAGCUCUAUCUGAGGGAGUUGCGCGAGCCCCUCUUUCCUAUCAUCUAUUUUGAGCAUCUGAUGGAGUUGGCGCAACUCGAAUCGAAACAGGACUUUGUUAACAAAAUGAAGGAGAUGAUAGCGAGUCUGCCACGGCCAGUUGUAAUCGUCAUGCGAUAUCUUUUUGCCUUUCUCAACCACCUGUCGGAAUUCUCGGACGAGAACAUGAUGGAUCCGUACAACUUGGCUAUCUGCUUUGGCCCAACCUUGGUGCCCGUUCCGGAAGACAAGGAUCAGGUCCAAUAUCAGAAUCAGGUCAACGAGCUUAUCAAGAACAUCAUCACAUUUUGCGAGGAAAUCUUCCCGGAGGACAUCGGGGGCACUCAGUAUGAAAAAUACAUCAGCAGAGAGCCCGACGACGUGGAUGUGGGAGAUUCACCAACGGAUCAAGUACAGGAAGACAUGGACUCGGAAGUUUACCCAUCCGAAGAUGAAUCAGAGAAUCUCGAAGCUACGGCGCAGUUUGACUUCAAUGCAAGAUCAGAGAGAGAGCUGAGCUUCAAGAAGGGUGACACCUUGACGCUAUACACGCAGGUCAGCAAUGAUUGGUGGCGAGGCGCUCUAGCUGGCAGAGAGGGACUGAUUCCAGACAAAUAUAUUAUGCUCAAGAUAAAGGAUGAGGAGCGUGAGAAGGAACUUUUAAAAUCAUCCAGCGAGGAAUCUAUGCGUAGAAGAGCGUCCAGCUCGGCGGACAGCGUAUUGUCGAGCAAUAAUUCGCCGCUGAUGGGCCCGUCGGCGAAUCCGAGCACCUGGUCGUCUGGUGCAGCGUCCGACAUGUCAUCAUCCGCCACGACGAACAUAAUAACGGACAAUAGUAACGCCAGCGGUAUUAUUGCGUCCGUGGUGACGAAUGUGCCCUGCAUCUCGUCAUCGGCGCAGCCGAUCAUCAGUCGAGAGGCUGACACCGUGAUUCCGUUGAGGCCAGUCAGAGCGUCUUCCCCUACGGAAAACGAGAUGCAUUCGGAGCAGCAACAUAGGAACAACGCGGACGGCGUUCUCCAGAUCUCUCUGGAGAACAAUGUCGACAGCAUCGACGGCGGUAGCGCGAACUGUGCUCAGCAACAACGAGGCGGAAACAGCAAUGAGGAAGUUACGAGCGAGGAUCUGAGUAGCAAUGUGCUAACGGCAAUGUUGUCGCUGGAUGGUAUCGUGACGAAACGCGGCGCCGGCCGAAAACAGCAGUAUUGGAAGUCGCAGAGCGUCGGCGAGAGCUUAAUGGUGCAGCAGCAUCAGCAGCUGUUGCAGCUGUCGCACACAAACUCUUUGCCGACCUCGACAACGAUCGUCACAAUAGCGGCGAUGCCGACGACUACGACGACGACAACAACAACAACGACAACAACAACAACAACAACAACAACAACUACUACGACGACGACAACGAUGACCAUCGUGAUGCAGGACGAUGAGUUGCACCAGGAGUCGCAGCAGCAGCAGCAGCAGACAACAACCAAUUUCUCAGUAAAUCGCGAACUUUGGCAGCGUCGCGCCACCUCGCAGACGCAGUCGACUCCCAAAUCAUCGUCCUACUCCCGCACGUCUCAGGAGUUCCGCGAGAUGCGACAGAAACACACACCUGAUCUGGUGAUGGAUCUGCCGUUGUCGGCGCAGGACCCAGUCGGUAAAAAGUCUGCGUCGUCCAGCAGUCUGAGCAGUUCGGACGAGGAGACGACAAUGCCGUUGUCUCUGCUAGCGCCGCAGCAGCAGACACCACCCACCCGAUCGGAGGCGGCCACGUCGCCGACCGGCGGUCCGGAGUCGCCGGACAUGAGUACCGCCGCUGAGCGCUUUGCCAAACAGAAUCAGUGCACCCUGAAGAAAAACACGAAGACUGCGAAUUCGGAGAACGCCAUCGCCGCGACCGGCAAUAACAAGUUGAAGCGAAUCGAGGUGGAGCAUGACGGAACGGGUGUCGACGCGGAGAACGACGAGAUUGUUCGGUCGACCAGCUCGAAUCAGAUCGUCGUUGACGGCGGCGGCGGCGGCGGCAGCGAACCACCACGUUCCACCCCUAAAAUCGUUGCCAAAUUCGCCGACAUGCACCUGACCGGCGGCAGCCAGGUGGUCUCGUCGUUUAAGCCACAGGUUAAGGUCAAGCCGACGAUCCUGCGCAAACCGGUGUUGCCGUUCCCGCAUCCGCACAUGAGCCCCGAACUUGCGCGCAAGAUCGAGAAACAAGCGCAUAGUGCAGAACAGGCCAAUUAAGAUCGUCAUUGUAAUAGACCUGAGCGGAGCUCUUCGGGGGAGGGCUCACGCUAACCAUUCGCGAUCGACGCGCGUUUGGCGUUCUGGACCGGAACGCAGGCCGGCGACGUGUCCGGCCUGUCUUCCGAUUUGCCUCUUUUGAGUCGCCGCCGAUGAAAGUGAUACCAAGUCGAUCGGCGAUAUCGCGUACGUUUUAAGGAGAUGCAUCUAGUAAAUCAAUUAAUGAUAAUAUGACACCAAUGUUGUAAUUUCUUACUAUAGGGAAUGUAUAACUAUUACGUACAACGUGUGUAAUAUGAUGUUCACAUCGUUGAGUGGAAAAUUAUAAUAUUGAUGCAAUGUUAUUGUUAGUAUUUACUGGGGCAAGUACAUCUCCCAGUCUGUAAGAUCCGCUCGAAUCGCGGUCGCUCUCGGAUGAUGUUGACAAUAACCGUUUUCCCUCUCGCACUCGUGAAUCAUCGGAGGAGACGCGAUAACGAAACGGAAACCCGAGUCGUCGCUGCACCCGGACGUCAAAAGCCGAUCGUAACCGUGUAUCGAGAUAAUUCCCGAGGUCUCACCGAUUUCGGAGACGUGCGCGUGUUGUAAAUUUAAAACGAUAUACGAAAACGCGACCAACCUAACCCAUCGACCAGUUACUCCGCCCAGUCGCGAGGACUUGUAUCGUAUUAAUUAUUGUGCCCGAGAAGAAAGGAAUGUCGCCGCGAGAUAGCGACGCGGAAGCUAAAUUGGUGAUCGCGCGCGACUGCGCUGGAUCUGGCGCGUGUUGGAGCCAAGACCACGGUGCUAUCCUCGCGGAGGCGAGUUUAUUUUUUCUACAGAUGUUUUCCAUUUUCGCUAAUUUUUUUACAAAGUGAUCCGCGCGAAGCGAUCUUUCUAGUCAUCGAGCGAAGAUAAGAAUAAAAGAGAAAAAAAAUAAAAUGAGA